AUGCCAAAACUCCUUGCAACCUUGGCCGCCAGCAGCCUUUUUUAUCUAGUCUUUACAAUUCCAACUGGGGAUGUCGAACAGUGGAAAAGUCAUCCCGUUGAAUAUGACCCUGGCAAUAGUAUAUAUAAAGUUCAGCCAAGUUGUGGUAAGAGAGUGAUAACAGUACCGUCUACUGGUUCGCAUGAACAGCCCUAUUUCGGGGCAAGUGUGGGAAACCGAGCUAUCCUUGAGAGCGCAUUGCAACUUAAUGCAACCAAGCCCGAUGACAUGGAAGAUCUAUCCGUUGCUGAUGGCGAGGACUUAACCACCGUCCUCCAGGCACUCGAUUUAACAAGCCAUGGACAUGGGCUUGUGAGUCGAGGAGAAAAAGAGGAGAAGGAGUUUAAUUUCCAACUCUGGAACGGACAGACAUAUUACGAUUUCAUCGAAGCUACAGAAAUGGACCCCGAGACCAAGGUCACUAAGAAAAAGGCGAAAAUGCAUCCAAAUGAGAUCAGAGAAUUAGCGAAAAUUGGUUAUGAUCGGAUCAAGAGUAAACAUGAAUUCAAAGGAAAUGUGAUUGUGUCUGCGCUCUUUAUACCAAAUCUCGGAAUCGCGGUAGAUUCCAAGCCCCGCGGUACAGGGGUUGCAGCUAUUUUGCUGGACACAACCCACAAAAUCAAAGGGAAAAAAGUGUACGUGGAGCACUGGUUUCAACGAUACUGGGACUUCAUUGAAACACGAGAUAUUAUGAAUUCAGCUAAAGACAGCACCCCGCGUGAAGAUCUGCUCCACGCAGAGGAUUUGGUGAUCAUCAAAGGAGCUGAUAAGUUCUUGACAAACCAGAAAAUACUUGACUGGGGAUUAAAUUUAAAAUUUCCCAAGGGAACUCAUAUGGUUUCAUAUGGAAAGUAUAAUUCCGAACCCGGUUCUAGUUCUGUUGGACCGAAAGAACCAUGUGGUGGGACGGAAAGAACAAAGUUGACUAUUUCCUGUAAGGAUGUUUUAAGCUAUAUGGGUAUUGACUGGUCUAUCUGA